UCUUUGAUCCUGUUUUUUCUAAUCAUCCACUUCUUCCAGUGUUCCCGUCUUAUCUCCUGAUAAGUGUGUGGAGUCACUCUGCACAUGCUCAGUUUGGUUUUUUGUUUUUCUUGGGAGAGUGCAUGUGUUCAGCACAGGACCAAUCGGCACUGUCCAGACAGAGGGUCAGGGGUUUUGCAUCCUCCUAGAGCAGAAAGAAAACUCAUCCUACAAGCUUUAACAUGUGCUCCGCUGGACGCUGAUAGAAGUCACUAGACUGCUAUAUACUGCUGAUGAGAAAAGGUAUUUAGCAGUUUACAUUUACUAA